AUGGACCGACGCCAUGGAGUCUCGGCCCCGACGGGCAUCCAGCAGCUCAACAGCGAGAACGAGGCCGCUCGCUUCGACGAGGCCCUGGCCGGCUACUUCCAAAAUGACAACUCCGAUACCCCCGAAACCUGCUUGAAGCAUCUCAAGCGCCUGCUACGAGAUUCCGCAGCUCCAGUGCAGUCUCAUUGCAUUAAGAAGCUCCACUUAACAGUGCUGUGUCAAUUGCAGCGAGGCAGCAGGCCGCCUACCGUCUUCUCCAGGGCGGUGGCGCUGUGUGAUGAGAUUUUCAAGCGGUCCGUGGUGUUUCGAGCGCUGAUCACGAAUCAAACGGCCUCGUUCUUUGAUCAGCUGCUGGUGGCUGCGGGUGAAGACCCGAGUGCCAAUGUUUCAAGAGCGUUGCGGGCGAGAACGCAGGGGUCCCCGCAGGUGACGGAGGUGCUGGCGCUGAUUGAGACGUGGAAGCAGGACUUUGGAGACAAAUACCCGUCGCUGGUGGCAGGCCAUGCUGUGCUGAUGCAGAGAGGGUAUGCGUUCCCACACAGACGUGAGAGGCGGCAGGAACAACGACAGCGAGAGGUCGACACGAGACGGCAUCGUGAACGCGUGAGUGAAGCCAAGAAGCAACAAAGAGACAAAGAGAUGGCGCAGUUUGUGCCGGAGAUGGAGCAGGUGCUGGUGGAGAUGAACCGGGUCUUUGAGAUUCUGGUGCCGACGCUGGACGCGUUUGAUGUGCGAGACGGGUCUGACGAAGAGGAAGAGAAAUCGGCAUUGCCAGGUCCUGCAGAUGAUAACGAUGACGUAGAGUGGGAAAGUGUGGAGACGAAAGACAACGCAGCUUCUAGUAUUUUGCAGGGCGAAGCCUCUGACAGCGAUGAUGACGGCAACAACAUGGACAUCAAUGACAUUGUGCAAGCAUACGGUCUCGGAAGCUCGUCGUACCAGCUGACCAUCGAGGUUUCCAAGCAAGUGUGCGAGGAAUCUUCUGAUAACGACGCGCUCUUCCGAAGUCUGGCGGAUGGCGCACUGCGUAUGCGAAAACGUUUCCUACCCUUGCUAGACGACUGGGAGCAGCACUCGAGGCUCACAGGAUCGUCUUCAUCCAGCUCUGCGACGAUACAGGUUCAACGCGAGGUGCUGCUGCAGAUCGGGGACUUGCGUGACCGCAUGACGCGUGCUUUGCUGAAGUGGGAUGAUCUUGUCCAAGGCGCGAAGAAACCCAAUAAGAAUAAAUCCGCUCGACCGGCGGUGGUCUCGCUACCACUUGAUGCGUACGAGCCUCCAACCAAGCGUCGACGUCGUACGAGCAAUAUUAAGUAA